GGCCAUUUGAGAAGUGUGGCGCUGUAAAUCUUUAUGGAUAUAAGUCUUCUUCCUCCUCCACAAUUCCAUGCCUUGCGUCAAAAAAGAAGGGUCCUUUUCACAGAGCUUGGUCGACUAACCACAAAGUCCUCGUUGCGGAAAUUCAUUAGCGUGUGUUAACUCCUGGUGACUCACACACCACCCCUCUUCUUCUUCUUCUUCUUCCAUUGCAAGCGUCUUCCUUUCUUUGCCGAAACGCGCAAACUACAACGGCACCGUUAUCAGAUCAAAACCCCCAAUUCACAUUCAAAAUUUCCAUAUUCGAAAAUCAAAUCAAAGAGUGAUGGCUUCCGCCGUGAUAUUCUCUUCGCUGCGGCGGAGGAGGUCGCCUUCGUUAGAGGCGGUUCUUGCGCCGGUGGACCUCUCCGACGUGGCGCUGGUGCAGACUCUUGUCUCCGUAACGGCGGAGACUGUGUCGUCGUUUUCAGCCAAAUUGUUCCAUUUCCAGAGACGGAAUUCGAGGUCGCUGAUCAGAAAGGUGGAGGUGUUUCUUGUGCUUCUGGAGUGUUUAAAUGACUCCUCCGCCGCGCCGGCUCUGCCCUGGACGGCGGUGAUUUGCUUGAAGGAGCUUUACUUGCUGCUGUACAGAUCCAAGAUUCUCCUCGAUUACUGCGCCCAGUCGAGUAAGCUCUGGCUGCUCCUCCAGAACCACCCGAUCUCCGGCCAUUUCCAUGACCUGAAUCAGGAAAUCUCGACGCUUCUCGACGUUUUUCCGAUCGAGGAAGUCGAAUUGGGGGAGGACGUGAGGGAGCAGAUUGAGCUUCUGCAGAGACAGGCCAGGAGAGCAAAGCUGUUCGUUGAUAAAGCAGACGAAGACACGAGGAUUCAAUUAUUUCGAUUCCUAAGACUAUUUGAGACCGGCAGCGUGCCGAAUUCGGAUGAAAUUCGGGUGUUUUUCAUGGAGAGAUUGGGAAUCAGAGACGCCAGGAGCUGCAGGCAUGAGAUUGAGUUUCUGGAGGAGCAGAUUUUGAAUCAUGAAGGGGAUGUGGAGCCUAGUGUGGCUGUGCUGAAUGGCUUCGUGGCGUUUACGAGGUAUUGCAGGUUCUUGCUUUUCGGAUUCGAGGAGGAUGAGGUGGAACAGGGAGCCGGGAGUCAGAAGAAGGCCAGGAAGGGGUUGAUUAGUCAGGAGAUUGCAGAGACUUUUGUUUCGAUUCCGAAGGAUUUUUGCUGUCCUAUUAGUUUGGAUUUGAUGAGGGAGCCUGUGAUAAUCUCGACAGGGCAGACGUAUGAUAGGAGUUCCAUUUCUAGGUGGCUGGAGGAGGGGCAUUGUACUUGUCCGAAAACAGGUCAAAUGCUGCCAAAUACUAGGCUUGUUCCGAACAGGGCGUUGAGGAACUUGAUCCUGCAGUGGUGCACUGCUUAUGGAGUUCCUUAUGAUGCUCCCGAGUGUAGUGAAGCAUCAGCUGAGAGCUUUGCAGGGGCUUCUCCAUCGAAGGCUGCGCUUGCUGCGAAUAGAGCUACAGCGGGGCUUUUGAUUCAACGGCUGGCGGAGGAUGGAUCGACGUGCGCACAGACAAUUGCUGCUAGGGAGAUUCGGUUGCUGGCCAAGACUGGAAAAGAGAACCGUGCUUUCAUUGCGGAGGCUGGGGCAAUUCCCCAUCUUCGGAAGCUGCUCUGUUCUCCAAACUCAGUUGCGCAGGAGAACUCAGUGACUGCAAUGCUUAAUCUGUCAAUUUAUGACAAGAACAAAAGCAGGAUUAUGGAUGAGGAAGGGUGUUUGGGAUCGAUUGUUGAUGUUCUGAGGUUUGGCCACACGACAGAAGCAAGGGAGAAUGCCGCGGCAACGUUGUUCAGUCUGUCUGCCGUUCAUGACUACAAGAGGAGGAUAGCAGAGGAGGAAGGGGGAAUUGAAGCCUUGGCAGGGCUCUUGUUACAUGGCACCCAGAGGGGAAAGAAGGAUGCUGUGACAGCUUUGUUUAACUUGUCCACGCACACGGAAAAUUGCGCGAGAAUGAUUGAGGCUGGGGCUGUAACGGCAUUGGUAAGUGCAUUGGGAAUUGAAGGCGUUGCUGAGGAAGCAGCAGGUUCAUUGGCCUUGAUUGUUAGGCAGCCACUUGGGGCUAAAGCAGUCGGGAAAGAGGAUAUGGCAGUGGCGGGUCUUAUAGGGAUGAUGCGUUGCGGGACUCCAAGGGCUAAAGAAAAUGCAGUUGCAGCUUUGCUUGAGUUGUGUCGCAGUGGUGGAGCUGCUACAACUGAGAGAGUAGUCAAGGCACCAUCUUUGGGUGGUUUGCUUCAGACGCUACUUUUCACCGGUACAAAGAGGGCAAGAAGAAAGGCAGCAUCUCUUGCUAGAGUGUUUCAAAGGUGUGAGAAUGCAUCGACAAUGCAUUUUGGUGGUCUUGGAGUAGGAUACGCAUUUGCAGGUAACUCAGCUGCAGGUCGUGAUACAAGUUUCGUUGGUGAUGUCUCUGUGCAAAUGUCCAUUUCGGUGCCUGUGUUAUAGUGGUAAACAUCCACCCUAGAGUUUUAGUCUUCCUUGUUAUAUGUGCUCCCCAUUUUUGCUGGAAAUAUUACACAUUCUUUCAUUGAAAUCAUAAAGAAGUUACAGGAAUAUCUUCUGUUGGCAAUCUUUUAGUGUAUGUUUAUUAUACAUGUAAUCCUCAAUGAUUUGGUAA